AUGAGGGGCUAGAAAGUUGAAAAUUGUUCGUAACAUAACUUUGAACCGUUUCAUCAUUAAUUGAGCCGUUUGACUCGUUUUCAAUCGAACUCUGGUUUUCUUAGACGACUUAAAGGUAAUUAACCAACCAUUCAAGAUGUCAUCAGGAGCACCAGCAGAACCGCCAUCACGUCCAAUGAAAUUCCCUUAUACAUUCUCGGCAAAGAUUGCUCAGUUUCCAUUGAAAUGGCAUGUUCAGAACAGUUGGAUUUGGCGAUACUAUUUGAUUGGUCUUGUUGUUUCUCUCCCAGUCUUCUACAAAAUUGACAGAAUGGCUAAUUCUCCCGAAAAUGUUGCUAAAUGGGCAGAAUCUAAACGCAAAGAGCACGCUGAACACCAUUAAGCGAUGUGCAUUAAAAUAAAUCAUUAUUAAUUCAUGUAAAAUCAAAGAAUUAUUCUGAAAUAAAAUUCGUGUGUAGAAAGAAGAAGAAAAAAA